CCCGAAAAGGUGGAGCUAGCGCGCGAACUCCUGGCGCGCGGCGCGGAAGUCGACAAGACCGACUACGUCGACCGAACCGCUUUGCACUGGGCCUGUCGCGGAGUAGGCGACGCUUCCCCAGCGUUGGUAUCGUUGUUGCUGAGCGCUGGGGCCGACGUCCACGCUCGAACGAAACACACCAGAACAAUCCCAAUC